ACGCGGUCGAAAGAAAAACCGGGAAAUUUCUUUGCUGUCGCAAGUUACCCUUCGUCAAUUUUAAUCUCCCCAGAUCUAGGUUUUCCCUUAGAUCUUCAUUCUUCUCUCUCACAAGUCUUGUUUUGCAAUCCAAUCUCUCGAUGCAAUCAAUGACCCUUGUAAUUUGACACUCUAACAUGCAGAUUAGCAUGUGUUUUGCUUGAUUCGAAUUCUCGUCAUGCCUCCGUGAAAUUACUCAGCUAGUUUUUAGGGUUCCCGUGAUCAGUUUCUUUUCCUUCGAUUCCAUAAACAAAUUCACGUUGUGCGUAUAUCAUGAAUGUGAAAUCCGGGCAAGGAUCAUCAUAUAGAGAUCGGAGUCAGGAGUUUUCGAGCAUAGCUGAGAGGCUAAGAAAAUCACAUUCAGUUUCAGAUGCGGCAGAGACGACUGUUAAUAGCCGCGGUGCUGGGAGUGGUGCUGGUGGUUCCAGCAAGACUGCGGGAUCGCGAUCGACGGUUGCAGUCCAGUCGGAAUUUAACAAAAGGGCUUCCAAAAUUGGGUAUGGAAUUCACCAAACGUCGCAAAAGCUAGCGAAGCUUGCCAAAUUGGCAAAGCGGACAUCUGUUUUUGAUGAUCCAACAAAGGAGAUCCAAGAGCUGACUGCUGUCAUCAAACAGGACAUUACUGUUCUCAAUUCAGCAGUAGUAGAUUUGCAGCUUGUUUGCAAUUCCCAAAAUGAAACUGCAAGUAUUUCAAGUGAUACAACUACCCAUUCAACUACAGUUGUUGAUAAUCUAAAGAAUCGAUUGAUGUCAGCCACAAAGGAGUUCAAGGAGGUUCUUACUAUGCGAACAGAGCAUUUGAAGGUUCAUGAAAAUAGAAGACAGUUAUUUUCUGCAACUACUUCAAAAGAGAAUGCUAAUCCAUUCGUUCGUCAACGCCCUUUAGCAAACAAGGGAACAUCCAAUUCUUCAAAUUCACCUCCUCCAUGGGCUAAUGACUCUUCAAGUUCAUCUGCAUUGUUCCCUAGAAAGCAGGCUGAUGCAGAAUCUCAGCCAUUGAUUCAAGAUCAACAAAAUCAGCAACAACAAAUGGUUCCAUUACAAGAUAGUUACAUGCAAAGUAGAGCUGAAGCUCUUCACAAUGUGGAGUCCACCAUUCAUGAAUUAGGCAACAUUUUUCAACAAUUGGCAACCAUGGUUUCUCAGCAGGGGGAGCUUGCAAUCAGGAUUGAUGAAAACAUGGAGGAUACUUUGGCGAAUGUUGAAGGAGCACAAGGGCAACUGAUGAGGUACCUCAACAGUAUAUCAUCUAACAGGUGGCUCAUGAUAAAGAUAUUCUUUGUAUUAAUUGUAUUUCUCAUGAUUUUUCUAUUCUUUGUUGCUUAAUAUAACAAUAUUUUUGAGAUAUGAAACGAAACAACGAGCCUUUUUUCUUGCUAUUUCUUUAAUGUUUGCGGAUUAUAGGAUA